AUGGUGGCUGUAGAAGCACUUUUGGUAUCUGGUGUUGGCCAAGGUGACUCUUGGUUGUGGGGCCACGAGGACAUUGGGACAGUCCCACUUCAGAAAUUGGACCCCUGGUGGUUACCUCCAGCCCGGGACACCCGCGACCUGCUCUCGGCUUCGUCAGCCUCAGGUGAUCGUAGGAGCCACUCGCUGUUUGCCCUGAUACCCUCGUGGACAAAGAAGAUUCUGUCCAAACGAGAGUCCUUCACUAGCCACCAACUGACCGAAGAUGUUUCUAAAGUGCCAGUGUCUUCAGGAUUCGGAGUAACCCUUCAAAAGUGUGCUGUGGUGGAUGUUCAGCAUGACCCCCAAACUGCACAUAUUAGACUUCUGAUUAAUAACACCGACACUCUGCUCUCAGCAAACAUCACAGAUCUUAUUCUGCUGGAUAAUAUUACUGGUCUACAUGUUCAAAAAAACAGUGGUAAUAGGACAACGGAUGGUAUCCAGAUUUACAGGAAAAGAUUCUUGCAAGUUGAGGAAUACUUUGCAAUCAGCUACACUGCACUUCUUGAUGGAAAAGAAAUGCGGAAUGGCAGGGUCUUGACACUGCCUGCCAAGCUAACUUUCAGGAGUUCAUCACUGAACAAAACACAGCUCAUAUCAGUGGACACAUCACUCACCAUAACUGAAGAAGAAAAGACUAAGAUUUCAUACAGCCAUGGCAUCCAUGCUGCAGGGUUCUUCAUUGCUUUUCUUGUUUCCUUUGUAUUGACAUGUGUGGUUUUAUGUAUUGUUUACCGAACGCAAAUACUAAAAUGGAGUUUCCGUAGUAAAACACAGGAGCCACGUCUUGAAGUCUGUCAAAAUCACAAACUGGAGCACUCCCAGUUUAAUUCGAGUGAUCUCUUUAGUGAAGAUUUAAUUAUGAAUGACCAGUUCAUCGAUAUACUGUCUUUUGAAGAAACUGGACACAUGCUUCAAGCUUUGGAAGACUUGGAGGUUGCCAGCCUGACUCGGACAGAUGCUGAUUUGGAGACAUAUCGAGUGCAGAUGUGUAAAGAAGCGAUUGCUAUGAUGAUCAAGAAUAUGGUUUUCAGUCACAGUCUCUUUCCUCAUGUGGAGAAGAGGAUGAGUUCAGUUUUCAAAAAGCAGUUUCUUGCCAUGGAGAAAGAGAUUCAGGAAGAGUAUGAAAGAAAGAUGGUGGCUUUAACAGCUGAAUGUAAUCUGGAAACUAGGAAGAAAAUGGAAUCUCAACACCAAAAAGAAAGAGCUGCAAAUGAAGAGGCUGAAGAAUUAAUGAAAAAAGUGAAUGAAAAGCCAGCUGUAGAGUACAGAUGUCUUCUGGAUAGACUUCACAGCCUGGAGCAGGACCACUUGAAGAGGUUUCUUCUGGUAAAGCAGGAGGAGUAUUUUGCCAAGGCUUAUAGACAACUGGCUAUUUCCAGGAGAAAGGAGCUGCAUAACAUCUUUUUUACACAGAUAACAAAUGCCAUUUUCAAGGGAGAAUUGAAGUUAGAAGCAGCUAAAGUACUAGUGCAAGAUUACUCUAAAAUACAGGGAGACAUUGAAGAGCUAAUGGAUUUUUUGCAAGCCAGCAAGAAAUAUCAUCUGAAUAGAAGAUUUGCUUACAGAGAAUAUCUUAUAAAUAGGAUACAGUUAUGGGAUUCUCAAGCCUCUGCUCUUAUAAAUGCAGCAGCAAGUCAGAUAUCAAGUCUUGUUAAUAAGAUGGAAAGGGCAGGUCAUCUAUCUGAAAGUCAUUUGGGAACGCUGUUGGACCAGGCUCAGGCAGAAAUUAAUUCUGUUAAACAGAAAUUUGAUCAUGAUUUAAAACAAGAAAAGCAAAAGCUUCAACAGAAACUCAUUAUCAAACGAAGGCGAGAAAUACUGCAAAAGAAAGAGCAUCGAAAGGAGCAGCUGUCCCUAGGAGACACCUUCAGAACAACUCAGGAGGUCAGUCAGUACAUCAACCACUGGAAGAGUCUUCUGAGUGAUCACACUGUUGAAGUUGAAGAACUUAUUGAGAAGCUUGAUAGUGAAGCCAGUGAAGAGCUCAGAGAGCUUAUGUUUAGUCUAAUGGAGAGAGCCACCGAGGAGCUUAAACGUGUUCAGGAUGGAGUAUUCGUGCAUGAACUGUUAAAGCUCGAUGUUUUGAAGGUGUUCCUGCUAGAAGCUGUGGAGGAGCAUAAGGAGGAGAUCGUUGGUAAACGUGAACAACUAGAAGGAGAAGAACAUGACAAGAGUAUAGCCAUUGAAGAAUUGCUUAUCCUCACCAGGCAAAAACUAAGCCAAGAACUGGAAAACAGUCUUUCAGAACAAAAAAAAUUAAGGACCUUGGAACAAUUAAUAUUCAUGCAACUGCUAAGUUUACCCCUUUCAUUAUCUGAAGACGAGUUGUUUAAAAUAAGGCAGGAGUUCCACUGCUGCUUUUCCCAAAUGGACAGCAGCUUAGCUCUGCCCAGAAUAAGAGCAAGAACUCUGCUCCAGGCUUUCGAGUUGGAGUGGAGGGAAGCAGAGUUGCUGAAAGUGGACCAGCAUAUUGCGAUGACCAGCAAACAGCAACAUUCCAAGACAAAAAAAGCAGGAUCAAGGAAUAGAAACAAGAUAGAUAUUCUGAAGAAAUCUUUAGAGGAAAAAAUUUUAAUUUAUGAAAACUCAGUGAAAGAAGAAAAUGUGAAUAAGGUUAAGUAUGAGCUGCAACUUGAGAAAGAGAAUCAGCUGCAAGAUCUAGGGAAUAAGCUUGGAGAGUAUAUUGCUUCUUUGCAAUUUCAAAAAACUAUUAAAAAAACCAAGAUGUGGGAGCGGCAUCGUGCUAUCAUAAAUGUACAAGCUCUGCUCUUCGAACAACUGACCACUUCAAAAACGCUGUCAAAAUUGGAGUGUAUUCAGAUUUUGGAAGCACACAAUCCAGAGAUUGAAGAUGUUGACAGGAAGCUGGAGUAUGAGAUGUUGCAUAAAGAGUCAGCUCAGCAGCAGCAAUAUCUAAUGAGUAGGAAGAGAUGGGCUCCGGAUGGAUUAGGACUUCCAAGUGAAGCUGUGGAAACUAAUGCAGACAGACAGGUGACACUUCUGCUAAGACAAGCCAUGAGUAAAUGUGGACAAUUUAUAAAUCUGCAGCAGCAAAGCUUGAGAGAAGAGCGGGCAAAUUGUGUGGUGCUUGAAGACCUCCUGGAAAAUUUAGAAACGGAUGCAUUUUUGGCACUUUAUAGUCAGGAGCUCCGACUGACAGGUUACCUAGCCAGACUGACGAAGGUACCAGUGGGGAUAUUGCACAGGAUCCUGAACUUAUUGCUGCCCUCCAGUUCACAAAGUGAGAUUCUUUCUGUCCUCGAUUCCAUCAACAAAUAUUCAGAUGGUGUUGCCGAAAGUGACAGUAAUGCAGAGGAAUCUAUCGGCUGUAGAAAAAGGAAGCAGCAAGGGCUGUGGCAAGCAUUAGAGAGCAAAGUAAAGCAAGAUCUGAUAAACAGAAAUUUGGAAAAGAUGUCAUCUCUAACCAGGAGAAAAGACAGCUUGAUAAAGAAGAAGCAACUUGCUUUCCUGGAGACAGCAUCAUUCAUUCAUCAUGAAUGUUCGCCUAAACAAAAUCCUGUGGAACAGCCUGGUCCACCUAGUUCCUUGAAUGUGAUGACUGCAGAAGCCAUUGAGCUAUUAGAUACGGGGGAGAAGGUGUUUUUAUUCCGUGAGCAGAAUGAUCCAGGACUUAUGCUUCGUAGUCCUCCAAAGAAAAAGAAAAAGAACUUUCUUAAUGCCAAAAAGGCCACUCGUGCAAGUAUGAACUAAUGAGGGAGACAUCCAGACAGUGUAUCCAACUGGAAAGAGAAAGUUACUUAAGUCAGAAGAAUAAUGAAACAGAAUGAAAUGUG